UAUAUAAACAAACCGUGUCAAGCCGUGUCAGUAAGGAUGUGUAAUUUCUAUACCUCACACUCACAUCUGUUGUUGUUUGUUGCCUUGUGGAGCCUCAGCUAUCUGAGUUUUCUUGCCGCCUGGCCGGGCAUCGGGCGUAACAAGCCCAAGGAUCAGUUGGACCCUAAUGUAAAGGACUGGGGAGACUAUUCAGACCUCCCUCCAGGAAUCGAGCAGGGACUGGGGUUGGAUGAAAAUGGAGAACAUGGAGACAACAGAGGACUCGUGGGGUCAUCAUCAAGCCUGGCUCCGGAGCUGGAUUUCCUGGCUGAAUUUGCAGGUAAAAAGCGGCUGUGGGUGAUAACAGCCUCAUCACACAAUGACCACUAUCUGCGUAUGAUGGAGAAUCAGCUGGAAGACAUGGAGCAGAAAGGGCUGCACUGCCGUCUAGCAGAAAGAGACACAUUCAUCAUCACCAUCAUCCAGAACGCCAUGAUGGAAGGUCGGAUCCAGAAAACAACUUUCCAAGGUGAAGCAACAGUAGAGAGUCUGGACCCGGACACAGUUACCAAACUGCUGCACUACCUGGAUCUUACCAGCCAGCAAGGGUUCACCAUGCUGGUUCUGAAGAAGAACCUACGGGUCAGUGAGCGGUUCCCCUAUCCGGUCCGCGUUGAGGCCAUUUUGGAGCUCAUAGAUCAGUUCCCCAUGAGGAAGCUGGAGAAAAUGACAAGAAAAGGAUCCAACUUGAGGUGUAAAACCACUAAAAAGAAGGUUGUGGUGAAAAGGAAAAAGAUGAAGAAGACGAUGGUGCUGAGCCCUCAGAGGCGAGCAAAUGUGACUUCUGUGGUGGCAUUACAAAGAAAACCUCCUCUGGACAAAAAAGCUGCCUUGAAGAGUAAGGUCCAGGACAUACUGAGUGGACGGUCGAGGUUUGUUAUUCGCAAGGUGCCUGCUGUGGGGCCCACGGGGGGAAAAGACUCGAGCAGCGGCGGUCAGGUGACUUCUAACAGACAGGAAAAAGAGAAAGCGCACAGUUCUCCACCUGUGUCAAGGAGCAACAAACAAGUAAAGAAACACAGGCCUGACUCCGCUGUGGAAGAAGGAAAGAAAAGACAUGGAGGGAAAACAAGUGAGGAUACCACAGAGAAGAAUGUAAAGGACGACACACAGGAGAAACAGAGCUCUAAGAAAAAGGGCAAAGGGAAAAAAGGAAAGAAAGGAAAAGGAAGAGGGAAAAAGUCCAACAGAGAGGCCAGCGAGAAGGAUAAAACAGCCUUGAAGGAGCUUUUGGACAAUUUAAAGGGAACAAGAAGAUUGAUGCUGAUCUCGACGCCCAGCAGAGACGCAUCACUUUACAUCCAGCAGAAAGAAGAGAACGAGAAGCAUCACUGUGACCUCGCAAUCAGGAAGAUCACUGUGGCAACCAUUGUGGAAGGCAGUGACGCCACGCUCACGCUGCAACACCACCAGCUCGAAUCAGAGCGUCCACUCAGUGACCUAUCAGAGCAGUUCUUGGAUUCAGGCCUGACCUCCCUGUUGAGAGCAGAGCUCGGCCUCUCGUCCUCUGACCUCUUUUCCAUGACAGUCACAGACUACGACAUCAAGCCCAAUAGAGUCUUUGAAGCUCCACCAUCAAGCACUGCUCUGUUUGAGUACAUUGACAACUUUCCCUCAAGGCGCUCAGAAAAAGAAAAAGAGAGGAAGAGUCCUCCGGUCUGCUCCAAGGACAAGCAGCCUGGAGCUGAGAAUUCCCUGCUUAGGUUCAUGUCUAAGAGGAGACUGUUGCUCAUCUCUGCUCCCUCUGAGGAUGACUACUCUUUCCAACAGCAGCUCUCUGCUCUCAGUGGACAGGAGUGUCACCUGGGUAUUCGCCACUUUGCCAUGUUAAAGCUGACUGGAACCGGAGACAAAGCGUCAGGAACUGUGGAGUUAUUUCCACUAAAUGGUCAUAGUCAGAGUGAGGUUGAGCCAUUAUCCCGUGACAUGGUGAACAAUCUGAGAGAACAGCUGAAGAUCAGUAAGGACUACUUCAGCAUGCUAAUCGUGGGGAAGGACAGUGAUGUCAAGGCGUGGUUCCCAUCCCCCAUGUGGUCCUUGGACAACAUCUACGACCUGGUGGACUCCAUGGAGCUUCGCCUCCAGGAGGAAAAGCUGCAGAAGAGAUUGGGGAUCCACUGCCCUGAGGACAGAGGAAGAGGAGGUAGCGAGGCGGGACACUAUCACAGCUAUGAUCAUGACAGGACGGAGGAGACGUACUUCUAUCAUGGGUCAGAGGAGUGAUCAGAAAAAAGGAAGAAGAGUAGAGUGAGGAAGUGGAGAUACAUCCUUGAGAUGAGAUGGAAAAUACUAUACAUGAACGCAUGGAUUUUAACAUGAGAAAACUAAUAAACAAUGACCUCAAAAACUCAUCUUGAGGACUAAUGAAUUCUAAAUAAAUGAUGAUGAUACAUCUGUUGGAUACCACAAUAAGCUGGAUCUUCUCUAUUUGUAAGUAAUAAAUUUGAAAA